UUUGUUAGCUUUUUUUUCGAGUCAGCUGAUCGUUGACUUCUGCUUCUGACUUCUGUGUUCGAAGUGAAAGCAAGCAACAUCGAGGCCACGACACCGAAUUUACUGGUUGAGAUCAAAGCUGUGUAAAGGAAAUAACAGUAACCAUGGCUCCAACAUUGUACGAUGAGAAGCCGGAGCCAGGGGAUCUGAUAGAGAUAUUCAGAGGGAGAUACCAACACUGGGCGUUGUACGUUGGUGACGGUUUUGUCAUUCACCUGGCCCCACCCUCCGAGGCACCAGGGGCCAGGGCCAACAGCAUGAUGUCUGUGCUCAGUGACAAGGCUAAGGUGAAGAAGGAAGAGAUCUGGGACGUGGUGGGGCAUGAUAAGUGGUGUGUCAACAACCAGCUGGAUCAGAAGUACAAGGUCAGACCCAUCCGUGAGAUUCUGAGGGAUGCCACGGCUUAUGUGGACCAGGAGCUGUCCUACUGUGUCAUCAAGGGGAACUGUGAGCACUUUGUCACAGAUCUGAGAUAUGGGAAGGCUGAGUCUCGACAGGUUCGGCAGGCUGUGGGAAUGGCAAUGGUGGGCUUCGGAGCAAUUGCUUUGGUAGGUAUCGCGGCGGCCAUCUUUGGCGGUGGAAGCAAAAAGAAGAAUGAAGAAGAAAAGGAAGAAUAUAUGUGACAACCUGUAUGAUAGCUUCCUGAACAGCCAAUCACCACUAAGCCUAAUAUAGAUGAAUUAUUUAACUACAGUACUACUGCCCUUGUGUAAUUCUGGGGUUUUCCGAAGGGAGGGUUGAGUAUUUCCGUACAUAUUUUUUUAAACUUUCACAGUUACACAGACAUGAAUUGAAAGCACGUAGGAAACAAGGAAAAGUGUCUCGUUAUAAUUCCAAGGUAUACAGCCUUGAAGGUGCCAUAGCCUUGUAGGCUGCUAGACUAAGCUAGCUGACUUAAAAUAUGUUGUCACUUACUUAGAAGCUAUGAAGUUUCCCUACUAAAGUUUUAACAUAUUUAUGUAGACUAAGAUCUCUUUAUAAUGGGGUAAAAUGAUAUUAAACUGAAGUUCUAAUAUUUCUAUCAUGAAGUCAAUUGGCUCUAGGACCCACACAACUACAUCUAAUGCUGCUUAUAUCGCUUUGUAAUGAUUGACAGCAUUAGGAACAAAAUCUUUAAUUUUUUAAAUGUUGGAUUGAAAAGAUUUGUAAUCUUAACUGGUGUUUGAUCUUUCAAAACUUGACCUUGCACAUGAGUUUUGAAGAGUUUGUUUAUGAAGUAUAUUGAUAAUAAACUGAACCUUAGUAGCAUUUUAGCUUAGUUGAUUUAGUCUUGACAUCCUCUGUUUUAAGUAUGUAAAUGUUUUUAUAAACAUUGUUUGGUCUCUGAUGAACUUAUACUUGUCUUAGUAAACAAAAUAAACACCUCUGUGCUCCCACUGCAAGUAAAAGGAA